CCCUUUUAAAAAUAAAAAAAAAAAUUGGAGAGGUGCAAAUGCGUAUCUGAGUGGAAAAACAGAGAAAGGGAUCCCUUUACUUCAAAUUUAAGUAAUAAUGAUGUAUGUGCAUCCACACAUUCUCCUCUGGCGUGGUGAUGAUUCACUUUCUCUUCCCUCUUCCCUCUCUCUCUCUCUCUCUUACUCGGCGGGGGAUUGCAGCUCAAAGAUGAAGGUGUAAUAAGCACCCUUUUCAGGCUAAUCUUGAAUGAAUCAUGAAUGAUCUCGCAAGAGUACAAGGCCCUUUUGGUGUGGAAUCAUAUCGUUUGCAUGCUUGUAUCCUGACUUUGAAUGAGAUCCUAAUGUGGGUUUUUUUUGGUCUUUUUUGUAAUAAUUAGGUGAAGUUUAAUUUGUUAGGAAAUCCAGGGUGGACUGGGUGUUGAAAAUGAUGGUUUUCAUGUGGUGGUGUGAGAAGUUCUUAGGUGAAUUCGGAGGUUGAAUUUUGGGGCAUUCUUGAAUUUUGGAUUGGUUGUAAUUUUCCAUGUGUGUGUUCGUUAAGGCUGAAAAGUUGUUAUGAAUGGUAACAAGGAUGAGGCGUUGAAAUGUGUUAGUAUUGCCAAAGAUGCUAUUGCAGCUGGUAAUCAACAGAGAGCCCUUAAAUUUCUCGGAAUUGCAGCACGUCUUAAUAAGAAUUUGCCUUUGGACAAUCUGUUUGCUGCAUGCAAGAAUCUCGAUUCGUUUGAUGCUUCUUCUGAUGAUGUGAAGAAGGUUUUUAAGGUGAAAGGUGAUAUGGGCUUAGUUAAUGGUGAUGGAGUUUUGAAGGGGGAGAAGAAUUACACGGAGGAGCAUGUGGACUUGGUUUGGCAGAUUAAAAGUAAGAAGGAUUAUUAUUUGAUUCUUGGUUUGGAGAGGAGUUGUUCUGUGGAGGAGAUUAGGAAGGCAUAUAGGAAGUUGUCGUUGAAAGUUCAUCCUGAUAAGAACAAGGCACCGGGCUCUGAGGAGGCAUUUAUGAAAGUUAGCAAGGCAUUUAAGUGUUUGAGUGAUGAUGAGUCAAGGAGACAGUAUGACGAGAUGGGCUUAGUAGAUGAAUUUGAGUAUAAUGAACAGAAUAGUGGUACACAGACGUGGAGAAGAACUGGGAGCGACUUCUCUGAUGGUGAUUUUGAUCCUGAUGAGGUUUUCACAGCAUUCAUUGGUCAUCGUGAUAUGUUCGGGAAUGUUCAUCUUUACAGGCAUAGAACAACUAAUGCUGGAUAUCAUCAAACGGAAAGUUCUGGUGGUGCUGGGCCUAAUCUCAGACUGCUUCUUCAGCUACUACCAUUUUUGGUGAUCAUUCUGCUCAUUUAUUUGCCGUUUUCAGAUCCCGAGUACUCAUUGCAGAAGAACUACUCCUACCAGUUUAAGAGAAUGACAGAGACAAACGGGGUGGAGUUUUUUGUUAAGUCGGCUGCAUUUGACGAGAGUUAUCCGGUCGGAAGCCCUCGCCGAAAUGACAUUGAACAUAAUGUGAUAAAAGACUACAAAGAUAUGCUUGGACGUUAUUGCCAAAUUGAAAUGCAGAGGCGUCACUUGAAUAUGCAAAUUCCUACUCCUCAUUGCGACAGACUUGAAAGACUGGUGGCUUGAAAGUUAAGUUUGUAAGAGUGGAUCAACCUCCCAGAUGGGAAGUGGCUGGUCGAGAAUUGUAGUCUUCAACCAAGCUUCUCCCUCCGAUACCCUUCUUGCAAUGGGAUUUACAGCCGGCCAUCCGGUACUUAUUUUUCGUUCGUAGCAUUUUGUAUGGCAGUUAUAACCUUAUACGUUCAUCGAUCAAGAUUCCUAAAAUUAUAAAAAAAAAAAAAAAGGAUUAAGAUUCCUAGAUAGAAGCUAAAUUGUUUGAUCAUAGAUGAGAAGUGAAAGUUCUGAACUUAUGAGACUUUAUAUAUUGCUGCUCAAGUGAUGUUCUUACAUGCAUUUGAUUUUGUUAUCUUCUUAUCAUUGAAAAUGAACCUUCUGAAUGUUUGCCCAUGUUUCUGUACUUCCGGAAAAUUCUAUCCAGACUUGAACUAAUUGUACAUUAAAUGUCGUGUAAUUAUUAUGCGAUUAGUGCACAGUUUAAGAAGAGUGAGACAAAUUCUGUAUU